AUGGGCUUGCCUCACUUGUGGCUGGUCGGCUCCCGUCAGGUUGGACGUUACUCUGGUAGCUUGCUACUCCCGACAAUGAUGGAUUUGGGCCUGGCCCAACAUACCAUGGAUAAAGUAUCCAUUGGAAUCGUGGAAAUGGGGGCUUGCGUAUCUCUCGUAGGUGUGGUGUCUCCUAUGGAUGGAAUACCAACAGCGAGGAGUAGAUCCUCUGGAGAGGAAAGCAGAAACAGCAGUGGGAGAGCAGAGGGAACGGCUGAAUCAAGGGACGAUCGGCUGGAGUUGGUGGUCGCGGAUCAGGCCGGCAAGAGCAGCUGGCACGGCAGGAGGCCGGGCGCCCGCGGAGAGAAGAAAAACAUAAGAGAAAAACAGGAAGAAUGGGGGGGGAAAAGGAGAACACCAUCGAGGAGAGAAACAGAGAGAAAACGCAGAGAGAAGGAGAGGAGGAGAAGACCCCCCGGGCCGUCGAUCGCUGCUGGAGUUUCCGACCACCUCCAACCCCCGCCGGAACCCAGAGGACAGAAGCACGGGGAGAGCUUGAGGGAGAGAGGGGCUCGAGAGAGAGAGUUUGGAGCGAGGGGUGGUGCUGGAAAGAGGGUGUCGAGCCAAAGGAAGGCUCGACUGUGCACGGGAUCCCCCUCCCUGACGCCUUUCUUCUGGAACGGCGAGAACCGAAAAAGGGAGAAGAACCAGGGGGUAGAGGGCAGGGAGAAGAGGCGAGAACCGACCGAGGCUACCGCCGCCGACGCGCCUCCGGGUCAGGUCGCUGCUACCGCCAUCGACGCGUCCCCAGGCCACCGCUGCCGCCUCCAACACGUCUCCGAGCAGCCAUUCCCGCCGGAACUCAGAUAGUGAAACGCUGUAGGGGAUUGCCAAUGGCUCUUACAGGCAUUGCCACGUCUCUCCGUGGAAAGGAUCAUUCGUUUUGGGAAACAAAGCUUCUUGAUUGGUCCCUUCAAUCAAGGAACAUUUCAUGGACCUUGGCUCAUUUCCGGAGGAUCGCAAGAUCCCUGCCAUUGCCCUUAUUGAUAUGUGGGUGGAAUUGUAUAAGCUAGAUUUCGAUGGCAUGCAUGCUGUUGCUGACCUCAAUGAACUCGUUUACAGGAACCUAGCUGACCUUGUAGUCACCAGGAGAAAUUCAAGUGAGGACGAGGACAAAUUUUACAAUAGCCACUAUGCUAUACAGCACGAUAUGCUUAGAGAACUGGCUAUCAUGGAGUGCAGCCAGGGGGAAGUAGAAAAGAGAGCGAGACUUAUUCUCGACUUGACCGGAAAUAAUUUUCCUGAUUGGUGGAGUGAGCAAAAGCAAUCAACUCGCAGUGCUCGUCUAGUGUCCAUCUCCACAGGUUGGGAACUCUCUCUCUCAAUGACUUGUGGGGAAAAAUUCAGUUGGUUAGCAGUUAAAACAUAAAUUACCUCUUAACUUUAUAUGUUCAUAAUGUAGAUGGAACUCUAGCCAAAUCUUUAAUUUCCUAAAGCUGAGGCUCUUGUCUUAAACUUUGAGACCAACAUUCAAACUAACUCUUAUGCUUUGCCUGAAUUCAUUGAGAAAGUAGAUAAGCUCAAGGCCCUGAUAGUAACAAACUAUAGUCUCUUUCCAGCUGAACUAGGUAAUUUCCAUGUCAUUGGGUCCAAUUUAAGGAGGAUAAGAUUCGAACGCGUCACGGUUCCUUUCGUAAGUGUGGGAAAGCUACGCUUGCUUAGUUUGCAAAAGAUAUCCUUUUUCAUGUGAGAGAUCGGUCAGGCUUCAACGUUGGACAACGCCAAAAUCUCUUAUGCAAUGCUAAACUUAGUAGAGCUCGUCAUCGACUAUUGUGAUGAUUUGGUGACAUUAUCAGAUGGCAUUUGUGAGAUAAAGCCAUUGAGGAAGCUUAGUAUCAUAAACUGUCAUAAUUUUUCUGCAUUCCCUAAACAUAUUGGGCAAUGGGUGUCCCCUCAAGCCUUAUUCUCCUUAAAUUGGACCCAAUGACAUGGAAAUUGCCUAGCUCAGCUGGAAAAAGAUUGUAGUUUGUUACUAUUAGGGUUUUGAGCUUAUCUGCUUUCCCAAUGAAUUCAGGCAAAGCAUAAGAUUUGGUUUGAAUGUUGGUCUCGAAGUUCAAGACACGAGCCUCAGCUUUAGGAAUUUGAAGAUUUGGCCAGGAUCUCGAGAAUGCUCCAUUUGCAUGGGGUUGUCUAUGCUGUCACGGUCUAUUGUGAAGCCUGGUGGUUUGUGACAAAGAAAAAAAAAGUCUUGUGGGUUUGAAUGUAAUAAUAUCUGAAGAGGAGGAUAACUUAGAUUGGUUGCGUGAUUAAGAAGGCGAUCAUGUUGUCUCUGUUUUACCCUUCUUAUAUAUAUAUUCGAUUUAUUUCUUGUACUUUGCCCUCCCUUUUUUUUCUCCUAAUGUGGAUGGCUGUGACAUUGCUGAUUGGACCAAAUGAUUGAUAAAUAUAAGUAGUGCCGUAACGUAUCUGAGUCAGAUUUUUUUUUU